AUGGCCAAUUCUGGAGCUUCUCAUACCGUUGGAGCUGUCACAGGGCGGGCCCGAGUCUCCAAGAAACGGCCUGCUACGGACGAUUUUGUCACAGCACUACCAUCUGCGGCUAAGAGAAAGGUCAUUAUCAAAGUGCCUCCCUCCUUGAUAGCAGGCCGUCAUGAUAUUAAAGAAGCACAAUUUGGGGGAGAGGGUGUGCCUCUGAAGAAUAUCGGAAGUAAAAAAUCUGCUUUCAAAACAGGCGCUCAGCCUUACAUUAAGGCUGAAAGCAUCGACGACGAAAAACAUGGGCUCGUGGACACCAUUGAUUCGAUCACCACCGCCGGAGCUUCAAGAACUGCCACUGCUACUCUCGAGUGGGAAACCUAUAGGCAUUGCAAGCCACCGGUCCGCAUUGUUAUUGUUGGCCGAUGGCGGGCGGCCUGGCUGGCUUCCACCGCCCGUCGGUGCCGAAAGGCCGAUGAGGUUGCAGAGCGGGCUGCCGAAGAUGCACGCAUUGAGCGCUGCAAGGCGGUUAUGGCGCACAUGUACAUGGAGUACAUAUCGUGUGACCGGGACAGUUUUUCCAUUGCCGCAGACAAACCGUUUCUGCGACGCUUGGCACGGACUCACAUGACUGAUCUGGCCAUCGACGCUAUCCGUGUAUACCUCCGCGAAAACAUUAUGAAUACGGCCGACUAUGUGGAGAUGAUGAAGUGGUACGAUUCAGAGCUGACGGAGCAGCGGGAACGACGCGAGACGGUGGCGAACAGAGACGCCCAGGAGGCGACUGUCAACUGA